CCACCCCCACCUGGACGCCGAAUCACCAAAAAGUAGUGCUGGGAGUUCUCUCGAGAGCCAGCAAGGAGGCAGCGCGGAGGCCAGGCCACCGUCGCGUGGCGUCCCACCACCACCCCAUCGGAUCCCGCGGCGCGCAGAUCCGCGAGCCCCGGCAAUGGCUUCCACGCCGGCGGACGGAGCAGGCGAGCCGGUGGAGGCCAAGGGCAAGGGGAAGGAGGAGGGGGAGAAGAAGAAGGCGGGAGGAGGGGUGCUGGGGAGGAUGUGGCGCGGCCUCUUCGGCGGCCGCGAGGACUACGAGAAGCGCCUGCAGUACCUGUCCAAGGAGGAGGCCGCCGUGCACGCGCGGAUGCGCCGCCGGACCCAGUUCUCCCGCCGCACCGUCCGCAACAUCAUCGUCCUCUCCGUCAUCGCCGAGGCUGUGGCUGUUGGUUAUGCUAUCAUGAUGACAAGAGACGAAGAUCUCACUUGGCAAAUGAGGGCAAUUCGAGUGCUGCCUAUGUUUGUUUUGCCUGCCAUAUGGUCUGUGGUAUAUUCAGCAGUCGUAAACUUCACAAGGAUGCUUGAACGGAAAGAUGAGAAAACACUUGAAAAGUUGAGAGCUGAAAGGAAAGCCAAGAUUGAUGAACUGAAAGAACGGACGAAUUAUUACCUUACCCAACAACUUAUCCAGAAAUAUGAUCUUGAUCCAGCUGCAAAAGCUGCUGCAGCUUCGGUUUUGGCAUCUAAGCUGGGGGCGGAUUCUGGCUUAAGAGUACAUCUUGGGGAAGAACCAAAUUCUGAUGCAGCAGUGGUUAUGAGCAACAAUGCUGAGAUAUUGCCAUCAGAUGGGCUGAGAAACAGGAAGCAACCCAAUGCAAGAGGCAGCAGGACUGGUAGCACUACAGCUGCUCAUACUUCGGCACAAGGUGCUGAAUCUAGCCCAGCUCUUAAUGCUGGCCUGGAAAACGUACAGCUUACAAGGGCUGUAGAACAUUAUCAAGGCUCUGGGGCAAGUGAUGGUGGAUGGAUUGCAAAAAUCGCUGCCUUACUUGUUGGGGAGGACCCGUCACAGUCGUACGCUUUGAUCUGCGGCAAUUGCCAUAUGCAUAAUGGCUUGGCCCGGAAGGAAGAUUACCCACACAUCACAUACUAUUGCCCACAUUGUCAUGCUCUAAACACAUCAAAGAACUCGAUGGGGCAAUACUCAGGCUCCAACUCAGGCCCAUCGACCCCAGUUGCUCCUGCUGAUGUGAUAUCUGCUGCCAGCUCAGUAGUAGAGAGUGAAUUGAUUAACUUGGCUACAGUGCAGGAGUUGCCAAAGGAAGAACACGCGGAGAAGGAAGUGGAGGCAAGUUGAAGCGGUCUGUACUAUUACUGUUGAUCUUUGUGAGAUUAGUUCAUAUCGCCGUGUUUGAACUGGUUUGAGCCGCAUAUGUAGCACUGUUGUAAAAUUGGAAAUAGAUGACCUAUAUGAUCCACAGCAAAACCAGUACAAUAAUUGUUUAGCCAGUUUGUCCAUGGACACUUGAGGGGACGAAUUUUGUUGGCAAUGGGGACUGCCGGAGAGGAGAAUGGCAACGUGCUGCCUGGCAAGUCGAGGUUGGAAAGCUAUGAGGUGGAGGCGAACAGAUGAGAUCAGUCGGGUGACGUUGCAACAUGGCGGUGGUGUAAAAACAUAGAUAUGAUCGACGCUUCUAUUUUACCCAUAUUUGUGUGGCAGUUGCUCCAUUGGAGAUGCGGAAUUUUUGACAUUGUUUGGACAUUUACGGUCACAGCUUCAUUUUGUAAUCUUGAUAGCGUUAUGUUUCGCUGAC